AAUGAGAGCACAAUCUCCAACAUCGAAAUUUAUCCCCACAUCUACAAUCACAACAACUAGAUUAGUAAGUUCCCCUCACUCAAAUAUAAGAGAUCAAAGAGCUGAUUCAUCAGUGAAUAGUAGAGUCACAAAAAUAACAACAUACUAAACAAGGCCAAAGACAACUAUAACAACAACCACUACUUAUAGACCAGUCAUUGAGACAAGAACAGUAAGGUUAUGCACAGAUAAGAGAUGCUAAGGACAUGAAUAGCAUAUUGAAUAAUUAACUUAAGAGAACCAGUAAUUACAUUAAAGAAUUUUUGAACUUUAAUAAGAAAUAGAGUAGACAUCCUUAUGUCAAAGGUAACACACUAAUACAUAUUCUUGUGAGAUAGAUAAUAUUAGAAAAUUAUAUGAAGAAUCAUAGAUUAAUCAUAAAUCUGAAAUUGAAUAUCUUACCUAAGAGAUAACAUAAUAUAAGACUUAAUUCUAACAUUCAGAUGAUUAAGUGAAAUACUUGACUUAAUAAUUAAGAAAAUAAUCAAGUAAUGAGAAUUUAGAAAAUUAAAUCACUUUACUAACAACUGAAAUGGAAAGAUUAAAUAUGAUUAUUCUAGAAAAAAAUAAUUUUGUGGAAUAAUUAACUUAAAAAAUUAAUGAAUUAGAUUCUGAAUUAAUUAAUAAGGAAAAUAUCAUUGAAAAUUUAGAAAGUAAUUCUUCCAAAUUAAGAAAACAAUAUUAGGAGGCUUGCAAUCAAGUUGUUCUUAUUCGAUCAGAGUUAGAUAGAUAAUUGGAAACUAUAUAAUAAUAGGAAAGAAAUAUAUUCCUUUUGAAUCAAGAUAAACAAGCUAUUGAAUAAUAUACAUUUAUUUUGGAAUAGAAGGAACAAUAACUUUAAUAAUUAAGAAGUAAUAUUUAAUUAUUAGAAAUGAGAUUGUAAGAACAAUAAACUACAAUAUAAGCAUAAUAUAAGGAAAUUGACAAUCUUAUGCUAAGAUUGGAUUCUGCUAAUUAAUAAAUUGAUUAUUAUCAAACAGAAUCUGAUGAACUUUAAAAAUAUAGAAAUAUCUUGUAGAAUGAAUUAGAAAUGUCUAAAUAAGAGAAUGUAAAAUUGUAGGAUCAAAUUACAAAAUUAAAAUAAUAAUAGACUGAUUUAACUAAAACAAUUGAAAAGUUAAAAUUGGAUCUUAAUUAAUAAUUAAGUUCAAUUUCAUAAGAUUUCAAUUUUGAACUAUAAUCAAAGAAUGAUGAAUUGGAAUAAAAUAAAUCUUAAUAUUAAUUAGAAUUAACAGUCAUUACUAAAAAGUUUUAAGAAGAGAACUAUUAACUUAGAAUUAAUAAUGAAGAUUUAUAGAAUGAGAUAAAUUAAUUAAAUAAUGUCAACUAAAUCUUACAGAAUACUGUAGAUGAAAAGAUAAAUGAUAUCUCAAAUUUGAAAAACCAAUAUACUUAAUUAUAUAGUGAAUAUAAUACAUAUAAGAUGAAACUUUAAGAAGAGAAUCAUAAAUUAAAAUUAGAAAUAGAAGAUGCAUUAAUUACAUCUAAUUAGUUAUAAUAAAAAAAGAAUUCAUAUGAAUCAACAAUUAUGGAAUUAAAUCUUGUCAUAAAUUAAUUAUAACAAUAAAUAACUUAGUAAUAAAAUGAAUUGAAUUCAUUAAAAUAUAAAUCUGGUGAGGAAUAUUCAACUUUAAGAAUUCAAAUUGAAUAACUUGAUUAAAAUAAUAUACAAUUAUAGACUAUAAGAUCAAGAUUAUAAAAGGAUUAUGAGGAAAAAUUGAAUGAACUUAAAGAUUUAUAAGAUAAGUUUAAUUAAUACAAAUAAACUACCUAAUAAACAAUUAAAGAUUUAGAGAAGAAAAUAUAUGAAUAUGAAGAAAAAUUAUCCUUAUUAUCUUCAGAAAUUCAAAGAAUGUUAUUCUAAAUAAAUUAAAAGAAUGACAUAAUUUAAGAAUAAACUACAGUUUUAGAUGAAUAUUAGAGAGAAAUCAAAUUGUUGAAAUAAUAACUUGAAGAGAGUUAAUUAUAAGCUGAAGAAUAAUAAAAGAAAUUAGAAUUAUAAAUGAAUGAAGCAUUGACAUAAUAAAGAGAGAAAUUAUUUAGAUUUGAAAGUGAAAAUCUUUCCUUUAAGUCUUUUAUUGAAGAGUAAAAUCAUGUAAUUGAGACUUUGUCAAGAUAAAUUGAUGGUAUGACUGGUGAUUUAAAAUAUUAACAAUAAUUAGAAGAAGAGUUGUCAAAGAAAAAUUCAUUCUUAACUAAAUAAUUGACAGAAUUAUAAUCUGAAAAUGCUGAAAAUUAAUUUAAGGUUGAGCAUUUAUUAGUUGAAAACAAAUCUCUUAAAUAAGAACUUGAAAUUAGAAUAGACACAGAGUCAGAACUUAAAUUUAAAUUAGAUAAACUUAUUGAAGAAUUAGCAAAGAAAUAACAAUAAAUUAAUGAAUUUGAAUAAAGAAUUAAAGAAUAUGAGUCAAACUAAUCAAAUGAAGUAGUUUAAUUUGAAGAAAAAAUAACUUAUUAUUAAAAUGAAGUUGAAACAUGGAAAAAGAAAUUUAUUGUCUUAAAUAAGGAUUAUCAUAAGACUUAAGAAGAUUUAAUGAUGGUUUAAGCUGAAUUUGAUGCAUUUAAACAAAGAGGAAACCCAACUGUAGUUAGAGUAAUUAUAAUAUUUAAUAUUUUAGGAAUCUACUAGUUUUGAGGUUCGUAAAUCAUCUUUAUAUAAAGAAAAUAUUUCAAAUACUAAAUCAAGUUAAGUCAGCCAAUCCAGUCAAAUUAUUGUUAAGCCAUUAAAAGAAGUUAAUAUUUGA